CUUAAUAAUGGCAACGAAAUCAAAACGCGCGGGUACUGCCACGCCCCAGCCGGGUGGCACCAGUACACCAUUGAUUACUGGCUCAAAUCGUCCCUCCAGCCCAUUGAGCCCCACACGCCAUUCACGUCUAGUGGAAAAGGCUGAAUUGCAGAAUCUGAACGAUCGUCUGGCCGCCUACAUUGAUCGCGUACGCAAUUUGGAAACGGAAAAUGCCCGCCUCUCUAUCGAAGUGCAAACAACACGCGACACCAUAACGCGUGAAUCCACCAACAUCAAAUCGAUGUACGAAAAUGAGCUGAGUGAUGCCCGCCGCUUGUUGGACGAUACGGCCCGUGAAAAGGCCAAAUUGGAAAUUGACAUUAAACGUCUAUGGGAGGAGAAUGAAGAAUUGAAGGCCAGAUUGGAUAGGAAAACCAAGGACUGUUCUAUUGCUGAAGGAAAUGCUCGUAUGUAUGAGUCACGUGCUGCCGACUUGAGCGCCAAAUAUAAUGCUGCAAAUGCCGAUCGCAAAAAGGCCGUUGACGAUCUCAACGAAUGCCAAAAGGAACUUGAACGUCUACGCAAGCAGCUGGAUGAGGCCCGUAAACAUUUGGAAGAUGAAACAUUGGCCCGUGUCGAUUUGGAGAAUAACAUUCAGAGUCUACGCGAAGAGCUUACCUUUAAGGAUCAAAUUCAUUCGCAAGAAAUCAACGAGACACGCUCUCGUCGCCAAGUGGAAAUCAGUGAAAUUGAUGGACGCCUCUCCGAACAGUAUGAGGCUAAAUUACAACAAUCUCUGCAGGAGUUACGUGAACAAUACGAAGGACAAAUGCGUGCAAAUCGUGAUGAAAUUGAAAUGCUCUAUGAGCAGAAGAUUAAGAGUCUUCAGGCUGCGGCUAAUCGUAAUUCCGGUGCUGCCUCGAGUGCCAUUGAAGAGUUGCGUGCCACACGCACCCGUAUUGAUAGCUUGAACAGCCGCAUCAAUGAACUGGAAUCAACAAAUGCUGCUCUGAAUGCCCGCAUUCGUGAUUUGGAACAAUUGUUGGAUAAUGAACGUACUCGUCAUGUCACUGACAUCGCCAGUUUGGAAGCGGAAUUGCAACGUCUACGCGAUGAAAUGGCCCAACAGUUGCAAGAAUAUCAAGAUCUUAUGGAUAUUAAGGUUUCAUUGGAUUUGGAAAUUGCUGCCUACGACAAAUUAUUGUGCGGUGAAGAAACUCGUUUAAAUAUUACACCUGGACCCGGCUCAGCAUCGGCCAGUUCGUUCAGUCAAUCGUUGCGUUCAACACGUGCCACACCACAUCGUAAGACCCCAAUGCGCGCACCCUCUACUGCCUCGGGUGCCUUCAAACGUAAACGUACCGUUGUCGAUGAAUCCGAAGAUGUUAGCCAAUCCGAAUACUUUGUAACCAGUAGUGCAAAGGGUGAUAUUGAAAUUUCCGAAUUCGAUCCCGAGGGUAAAUUUGUCAAGGUACACAAUAAGGGUACCAAUGAAGUACAAAUUGGUGGCUGGCAACUGAAGCGUAAUGCCGAUGGCAAGGAGAACACCUUUAAAUUCCAUCGUACAGUUAAAAUUGAUGGUGGUGCUACUAUAACGGUAUGGUCGUCGGAUGUUACGGGUGUAACUCACGAACCACCAACCAAUAUCGUUAUGAAAUCACAAAAAUGGCAGAGUGGUGAGAGUAUAAAGACAUCACUGUUUAAUGCCGAUGGUGAGGAAGUUGCCGGUGCUGAGAGGCUUAAGCGUACGGUUAUACGUCAUGUGUCGCGUCAUCGCACCACUGGACCCAGCAGCAGUGGACGUCACAGUGUUUCCGUUUAUGAUGGUGUGGGCAAUGAGGAUCUCUACCAUCAGCAAGGUGAUCCUGAACAACAGCAACAGGGUGAAGAGAAAUGUCGCUUGAUGUAA